AUGAUGGAUAGAACAGUUACACACCCAGAGGAGAACAUACAACAACUGAUUGUUGGGCUUUUAAGCAAGGUCAUCAAUUUCUUGCAGAUACUGAUCCCAGUUAUUGUUCGGUUUAGCAAGGAGUACCCUACAGCUUUUAUAGUCAUUUCUUUGAUCAUAGGCCUGUAUGUAGUCUGGAGAUGUAUCAUGAGCUUAUAUGCUAUGGUUAGAAGAUUGUUCUAUCUGUCUCUUGUGUUGCUUGUGGUGUGUGCUUACAUGCGUGGUGCAGAACUGUUCUUCGAACACGACGUUCCACUGGUGGCGAACGGUAUCUGGGACAACAGAGAACUGAUUAAGAGCUCUGUGGUAUCUACAUGUACAUACGGCUACAAAAUACUAAGACAGAAUUCCAUUAUUCUGUAUUACUACCUGAAGAACCAACUGGAAGAAGCUAUCCAAAAAUGA